CUCGUGGCGUUAUUUAACGGUUAACUUCCUACUAUACUCCUCGGUGGGGUGGUUGUAGUGGGGUCUAUCGGAUAUCUCGUGUUUGGGUAAAGAUGAGCGUCGUUACUGGACCUGUCGACAGAUCUACCCGACCUGGCAGACGUCUAUCAUCUCUUAGUGAAGAGGACAGACGGCUUUCAUCUGUGGAGGAACACAGUGAGGAGAGAGACCACAAGCCACCGACAAAGGCAACAGCGAAGAUGCGUCUGUGUCGAGUGUUCUACAGAGCCAGGUCACGCAGUAAGAGACGGCGAUGUGCAUUAUGGGUAGGGUCACUGCUUGGUGCAUUUUGUCUCAUCUAUUUCAACGUUAUGGGUAUGAACACACUCAAUCAAGAUCAGCCAUUGUUUCUGGCCAAAGAUGUCCAUCCACGAAAGCCCAUGGCCUUCAAACCCCCCGAACCACCCAAGAAGGAUGACGAGCUAGACUUUGACCACGACCUUAUGCCCGACUUGGUACCCGCCAUCUUGCAUUAUGUUUGGUGUGGCAGACGCCAUUUCGAGUACCGUCACUACCUGGCGAUCAGGAGCGCCGAUCGCGCAGUGAGACCGGACAAAGUGUUUUUCCAUUAUGAAGAGCUUCCCGUGGUGGAUCAAGAAGGGUACUAUCAGUGGUUUAAUGACACCUUACAGGAGAUAGAUCACCUACUUCCACGGCCCCUCAACUACUCAGUGUGUCCCAGAAGUGGAACUGCAGAGAGAUACAUCCUGGUGCUGGAUAUACUAGACAAGUUUGGGGGCAUCUAUAUACCAGAAGAUUCCAUUUGGAUUGACUUUCCUGUACACCUCCGGACGAGUCCACUUGUUGCCGGGGUAGUAGCUACAAGUCCAACUGAAUAUGCUGAUGGAAUUAUCAUAGGCAAGAAAGGUGGCUUCGUUCCGCCGACCACCCCCGAGGAACUUCUGGUGGUGCUGAGUCUCGGCGUACACGAACAUGGCGGAAUCAAACCUUGUGUUUCAGAAGAAGGAUAUGUCAAAGAUGUUGUCGGGGAUAAGAUAUGUGUUCGGGUAGAAAGGAAUAUAUUUCCUAAAGACAUAUGGGAAGAAAAAUCAAAAUUCGCCAUGUUGUCAAGGGUUGUGUCAUACGGUGUAGUUAACAUCAAACACUUGUACAGUAUGAAAAACCCAGUACCUAAAAUCGGCCAUUACGUCUGUGUUGAUUGCAACAUCAGGUUCACUGGUUAUCUGAGCAUGCUGAGUGCAAUCUACGUGGCUGGACUGAGCAAAGUGUACAUUCAUGGUGUGGAGAAGCCGACGGGCAAGUGGUGGGUCAAGCUCCAGGAGGACCCUCGCUUCAUAUACGUGUAUAGGGAAUACCCAGAAUCAGUAUACGACAAGGCUGUCAUGACACCAAGACUAGCUGUAGGGAUCAUGAAAGUGGCCAUUCUUCUCAAAUAUGGAGGUAUAUAUCUAGAUUUUUCUGCUCUCUGGACACAGAAGAUUCCAGAUACGUAUUUUGGUUACGAUGCAAUUGCAUCCCCUGACUGGCAUCUUUACGGCCACUGGCCAGACUCCAUUAACCAUGGGGUUCUCAUUGCCAAAAGAAAUUCCAAAUAUUUACAAAAACUGAGAACAAUUUUACAAAAGUACAAGAGUAAUAAUUAUUGGUAUAACGAUCAUUACUUGGCAUAUAAGGUUGUGGAAAAAGACCCUACUCUGGUUUGGUUAAAUAGACGUUUGCAAGUGAAGUGUUUGAACCAUAACUGUCAUCCGACGUGGCAGGCAGACUACAAGUCGGGGUUGAUGCAGAAUAAGCCGGGCGCCCCGUUCAGUUGGGAAAAUGACACUCUCACUGUCCACUGGACUGACACAUUCCCGGAACUCGACCUAGACAUGGUCAAAUACACGAGUGGGAUCAUCAUUGACGUGAGUCGAUAUAUAUUCCAGUCAGCGGGAAUAGCGCUCUCCCAGGCUUGACCUUUAAAUGCACAGAUCUUGCAGAGACGAACUCAACGUGUGGAUGCUUGUGAAACUGGUCGGAAAUAUGUCCCAUCUCAUGCAGUUCAAUAAGGACACCAUUCAUAUUUAUGUGAUAUUUACACCACCAACGAAAUCCUCUGGCUCAUAAACUAAUGACGUGCUACUAUGAGAGUCAUAGGUUGUACACGUGAUUGCAUAAACUAGCUGUGUUCCCUCAUGGAGCCAUCCCUGGACAAUGUCUGGGAGUGCUGAAGACCGCACGUGAGACUCGACAAUACCAUGAUGAGUAUUGUGAUGGUGAGACUAGCAAGUGAUUUGUAAAUGAAGACUGAUUUCAGUAUGAACUUAAUGUGUAUCUGCAUUUUAAACGAAUGGCAGGCGAUGUAUACUUGAUGCUAUAUUUCAUGUUGGGUGUCCAUGUAAGCGGGUGCGGUGUCUACACUAGGUGACCAAUAUAGUAGUGCAUGUGUAUUUAAAACGGGCUAGUACUUAUCAUACUUUCAUCUCUCUGGCCUCCUGUUCACGCCUUAACGCUACACAAAUCGAGGGCUAUUAUUAUAUCACGUGCAGACUGCUCUAUAGGCGCUUCUUGCGCAAUAGCUUCACCUUUUUAAGUAGCUGUAGAUUAUGGGGUUCGCUUUGCUUCGUGUACUGGAAACAUAUAGUAGCACAUUCGUGACCACUGACUCGAGUUGGGACAUUCUAUGACCUGUCUUAUACAGCGAAAUGCUCGCAGACGGUUGCGUUGAUUAUGCACAAGCGACCUUUUUAUGUUUGAGGAAGGAUUCUCAAGUAUAAAAUAAUUGACUAAAAAAACAUUGAUUUCCUCAAAAAUGCACUGUUCUACAUGUUUUAUGUUUAUUUUGUUUUCAUUUCGGUUCGACUGACUAGUUGAACCAUGAAUCUCUUACCGCAGGAUAAAAACAUUCCCCUUGUCACGUCCUGACUCUACUGACAGGGGUCCGCCAUAUUCCCCUAAGGGAAUUUCGUUGCAGAUUGUAUUGUAUGUUGUGGAAAUCCGGUUUAGUGCAGGUCGUCACAUAACCCAAGACUUGUCUCAAUGCGUGUCAUCGUGGUUGGCCCCACUGAUUAUGUCAGGGAUUUGUCUGGAUCAGACUCGAGUAUUUACUGGCCGCUUCUUAUACAGUGGACUCCCGCUAAACCGACAUCGCUCGGCACCGAUGAAAAAUGUCGACUUAGAGGGAUGUCUUUAGAAACUCAAUCCAAAAUUAAACGACACACACUAAACACACGUUUUGGAACCGGAUUUGAGCGUCGUAAUUCGGAGUUUCUUAUAUGAUGUAAUAUAGGGACAAAUUCGGGACCAAAUAUGUCGGUUUGCAGGGAUUGUCAGAUUAGAGGGAUGUCGGUUUAGAGGGAGUCCACUGUAUAGCUGGGAUACUGCUGUUCGCGGCAAUAACCAACAUUCACUCACCACUCACUAGCUAGUAUGAAGUCAGCGCCCUCUGGUGUUAUCAGUCGUUCCUGCUGGCUGAAGUCGUUUUGCUGUCACAAUCAUUCCAUCCAAACAAAUUAGUCAAUGUCCGUUUGUCCUGACCCCUACAAGUCAUACAAUACAGACACGCCGAACUGGGGUCAUUGUGUCGACAAUGCAUUACCACGCAUGCCCUGCUCCCACGUCGGUGUUGCUGUAUUGUCCUUCAUUCCGUAUCUCUCGGGGAAAGCCAUACAUGUGGUGCAAGCUUCUAUUUCCUGGUUGUGAAAUGUAUGAUCAUAUGUGUAACUGUAAAAUAUGUGAUUAUGUCAAUCUGAAUAAAACAAAUAUCUUUUAAA